CUGUUCCUGAAGCUGGCUCAGACAAAAUCAGCUCUGGAGGACUCUGACAGGAGUUACCAGCAGAAUGUUACCACACUGGAGAAGAUCCGGGAAGAAUGGCAGAAAGAGCACAUCAAAGCUUGUGAGUUCUUUGAGACUCAGGAGUGUGAGAGGAUCAACUACUUCCGCAAUGCCCUCUGGCUGCACGUCAACCAGCUCUCCCAGGACUGCGUCCAGAAUGAUGAGAAAUACGAGGAAAUCCGCAAGAGUUUAGAAAUGUGCAGCAUUGAGAAGGACAUUGAUUUUUUUGUAAAUUUACGCAAAACUGGAAGUUUGGCUCCAGCUCCUGUUGUUUAUGAAAACUACUAUAAUACACAGAGAAAUCCAACUCCUGUGAGAAGUCCAGCUCCUGUACCUAUAUCAAGGAGGGGACCUCUGCCCACUCCAACCAGUGCCCCAGGAGAGCCUGAUUAUGCCACAGUUGAUGGCUACAGUUUGAUAAAUCACUAAUAGCCACAGUUCUCCAGGCAGAAGACAGUGUUGGUCUGGCCAGUGUGGCAGAAGUGGCUUUUCCAGUUAUUCCCAGCCACGCAGAGCUGAAGUGCUUCUCUGCUUUAAGAAAGUAUUGGAGGACUCUGAUAAUUAUUUGUACAUUCAGAAAGUGCCUACUAAAAAUCAAUGCCUUUGCUCAGCAAACUCCUUGGAUGGAUAUCCCAUCUUUACACUCUGGGGAAGA